GAAUAAUCACCAAAUUGCAUAAAUACAUACCAAUACGACAUGAAUAAACACAAAAUUACAGGAAUAAAUACAAAAAAUACGUGAAUUAGGUGCUUUGAUGACACCUCUAGAGACAACCUGAAUUUUCUUCAAUAUUCACAAAAAAUUGUGAGGCAAAAAAUUCCAGAAUAAACCGAUCUAAAUAUUUGAUUUGAUCAAGUACAAUCAGGUGUCUACCAAACGGUUGCACUUGCACACCUAGUUGUGAUCCAAUAAUGGUUUCUCCCUUUGUUAAAAAAAAAUGAUAAUACAAAUAUUUGUAUGUUUAAUCCAAUGGUCACCGUGGCAGCCCUAAGGGUCACGACUCACGACGACGACAGUCAGACAGUGACAUCGUCGGUGCUUUCUUUUUCCCAGACUUCGUGACCAUUAGUACCCACUAGUAUCCUUCGUUCGCAUUUCUCCUCUGUUCUCUCCGGCGCCUCUCAGCUGUCUGAACUGAUUCAAUUUCCGACGAAUUGAGCGUCUGGUCGGGAUAUUCCCCAUAAUUGGUGAGCAUCCUCCCUUUUUUUCUUUUUUGCCUUUUGGCCGCACUUGUUUGGAUCCCGGUGCUUCGAUUCUCACAAAUUGAGCAAAAGGGUAUUGGCUUCCUUUGUCGCCAGAAUCGAAAGUUGAUCGCUUUUUCCCUUUUUGGUAUGGUUGAUUCGGUUGGCAUUCGGUCGGAGCAGUGAGGUGGAGUUUUUGAAUGCUGAGGGAGAAGCUUCGACGUGUUUGAAAUGAGCUGCAGUGCAUGAUGAGGAAGGUAGCGAGGAAAGUUGGGAAGUAUGAGGUCGGCAGGACGAUCGGCGAAGGGACUUUCGCCAAGGUUAAGUUCGCUCGGAAUAUGGAGACUGGUGAAAGCGUCGCCAUUAAAGUGAUGGCCAAAUCCACCAUUCUCAAAAACAAAAUGGUCGACCAGAUUAAAAGAGAGAUAUCGAUCAUGAAGAUUGUCAGACAUCCUUAUAUUGUUAGGUUGCAUGAGGUUUUGGCAGGUCGGACGAAGAUAUAUAUCAUUCUUGAGUUUGUUACUGGUGGAGAACUGUUUGAUAGAAUUGUUCACCAAGGAAGACUUAAAGAGCAUGAGGCAAGGCGAUUCUUUCAACAGCUUAUAGACGCAGUAGAUCACUGUCAUAGUAAGGGUGUGUACCACAGAGAUCUUAAGCCUGAAAACCUUCUUCUUGACGCUGCCGGGAAUUUGAAAGUUUCUGACUUUGGAUUGAGUGCGUUGCCUCAGGAUGGUGUUGGUCUUCUCCAUACUACCUGUGGUACACCUAACUAUGUUGCCCCGGAGGUGCUGAGCCACCAAGGAUAUGAUGGGGCAGCUGCGGACAUAUGGUCAUGUGGAGUAAUCCUCUAUGUUCUGAUGGCUGGAUAUCUUCCAUUUGACGAGACAGAUCUUCCAACUCUGUACAAGAAGAUAAAUGCUGCAGAGUUCAGUUGUCCUUUUUGGUUUUCUCCGGAGGCAAAGGCUCUGAUAGAUAAGAUACUCACUCCUCAUCCGAAAGAACGCAUAAGGAUAAAUGGAAUUAGAAGAGAUCCAUGGUUUCGGAGGAACUACGUGCCUGUGAAACAUACUGAAGAAGUGGAAGUGAAUCUGGAUGAUAUUCGUGCAGUUUUUGAUGACAUCGAGGACCAAUAUGUAGCAGAGAAAUCAGAAUGCAGCGACACUGGACCAUUACUAAUGAAUGCCUUUGAGAUGAUUACCCUUUCCCAAGGGCUAAACCUAUCAGCAUUGUUCGAUAGACACCAGGACUAUAUAAAGAGGCAGACUCGUUUUCUAUCCCGUAGACCAGCAAAGGAUAUAAUCUCAUCAGUCGAAGCAGUUGCUGUCUCACUCGGUCUCAAGGUUCAUACACGUGGUUACAAGACGAGGCUUGAAGGAAUGUCGGCGAAUAAGACAGGCCAUUUGGCAGUGGUGUUGGAGAUCUACGAAGUCGCACCUUCACUGUUCAUGGUAGAUGUCAGGAAGGCAUCCGGGGAGACUCUCGAGUAUCACAAGUUCUACAAGAGCUUCUGUGCGAAGCUCGAGGAUAUCAUAUGGAAGCCAGCAGAAGGAGCAAACUCGAACCUGCUUCGGACCAUAACUUGCUAAUCCAGACUCCAGAGUGGGGAAAGGUUUCUCUGGGCUUCAAGCAAAGCUAGAAUAAAACUGUAAUUAAUCUCUCUACGUGUUGGUUCGAUCUUGAUUUUUUGACAGCCAUGUAUCGUCGUUGUCUGCAUAUAUCACUGUGUACUCACAAAGGGUUAUAGAAACUGUAGUCUAUCAAAGAUGGUAAUAUUGAGCUCUGGGUUUCUAGUAAAUUUGCUCAGUUUUUUUUUCAUUUCUAUUUUUUUUCAUAAUGAUUAUUGUAACACCUUAGCUCGGCCGAGCACUACUUUUACCAAAAUACCCUUGAGUAAUCAAAUAACCAAAAAGGAAAGAACAUCUAAAGUACCCUUUCAAAAUCAACGUAGGAAAUAUCUCUUAAUAAAUCAUAAAUGAGCAUCAGUCUCAAGCCUACUAAUAAAAGUACAUAAGUGAAGGAGUUCACUUGGGAUCUUCUGCAUUCACUAACCCUUGUGAAGAUACAUCUCGAGCAGCAGCUUCUUCCUGACAAAUGAUAUGAUUGCUCCCACUUCCUUGCAGCUCCUGAGUGCGGGCGUGGGGUCAGUCCUAAUCCUAUAAUCAUCCUCAAACACACGUAGAGUCAUGCACAUGUGGUGGUCGUAUAAGUAAAAUGCACAGUUUAUUAGGGACGGGGUUUCGUUAUUUCUUGCUUACAUGUUUUAUCUUAUAAUGGGGCCACGCCCUCCACUUAGCUAGCACAAUCGUCCGGUAAACUUGUCAUAACAUAUCUUUACAUGACUACCCUCACAAUGGGGAGCUUUAACGUGUAAACUGUGCUAAGGCAAAACACCCACACAAUGGGGAUCCUGCGCCUAUCUAAGGCGAAACACCCGCAAAAUGGUGAUCAUGUACCGCGUGUGUGCUAGCUAAGCGAGGAUUAAACAUGUUAUUGCUUGUUCUUACUUAUUAUCUGGGUGAUUUAUCCUUGCUCGGUCGAAUCAAUCUCUCACACAUGGAGAGACGUUAUUCAUCAUAUACUUGCUUGACAACCUAAGCUUGUCAAGGAUGAUCUCCUCCAACAGAAGGAGAUCUAAACUUAUAAUUUCCAUACUAAUAUGAUUUCUCCGUAGAGAAAUUGAUGCUAUGCGUACACAUGAACUUAAGAAUGCACAUAAUCAUCAAAUCAUAAAUGCAGAACUUAAACAUAUCAGAACUAGCACUCAAUUAAUUCAAGAAAAAGACACAAUUCAACACCUAAAAAGUAACGGAGGAUGAAAUACUAACUAGCCCCUUUAACCAACGCACCUUAUUAACUCAAGAAAGUUGACUUGAUCUAGCCACCAACUCAAAGGAUCGAUGCUUUGGGAUAGGUAAGUUGCCUUGGUGAACCUAUGACGAAAAUUGAGAUCAGAUCGGUUGGGUUUUGGGUUAUUUGCAAUGGCUCCCUCUAUUUGUUAAUUUUCUUUUAAUUUAAAUCGCAUAAUAUUCUUCCCGGCACAAACUGUAUUUUAAUAACUAAUAACUUAAUCAUCUUAACAUAUUAACUUACUUUAAGAAUCAUUUUAUCAACUUCAUUCAUCAUAUCAUUACUAUAUCUCUAAUUCACUCGUUAACUCAUUUUAUUAAUAAUAUCAUAACCCAAGGACUAAUAAAAUUACCUAUGCUUAUCUUAAUUAACUAAAUCCACCAACAACAUGUUUAGCCGAUUACAUACAUAAUCAUCACCUAAUUAUUAACCUAGAGAGUUAAACCGUAAAAGCUACAGCCCCUAUAGUGCCAGUCAAUAAUCUGGUCACUAAAGUUCCCGUUCCAAAAGACUGACAGGGCUCCUGAAUCCUGAUGGGCCAAACCUUUCGCAACGCUAUCAUUUUCAGGUGGCUAAAGACUGUACUUUCGUCGCAAAUUUCCAGAUUGCAACAAACUCAUAUUUAACCAUGUGAACAUCGAUUUUAGAGCAAGGGAUCGGGUUUCCUUACUACAAUCACGAGUUUAGAGAACAAUUUGAGGAUUCCCGGACGUUGUUUCUCCGCCUUAGAUCGUCGUUCGAGUCCCCGCAAUCCCACCGGCAAAACUACGGAUGAGAUAGAGGAAGAUCCAGAGCUGUGCCCGCCGAACAGAGGACACGACGUACGGAGGAAACGAGUGUGUGUUUGGCGUCGGCGUCGCUCCCGGCUUGCGUCUCUGCCGGCUGCCGUUUCCGUUGGGGAGCUCGCUUGCUACUGGGUCAAGGGAGGAGGUAGCGGUGAUGGGAACUGGGAGGUGGCGGUGGUGUUUAAUCGUGCGAGGGGGAAGCGGGAGGAAAGACGGCGCUGCCGCUUUGGGAUUUAUUAGUUUAGGGUUCUAGUUCCUACGGUUUGGCCACUAGGUUUAGUUUUGGGUAUGCCUAUGGUGACAUGCAUGUCACGGUGACUUGCACUUUCCGGUCGACCUCAUAUAGGAUCCGGUCGACCUCAUUUAGGAUUCGGUCGACCUCAUAUAGGAUCAGGUCGAUCUAAUCUGUUGUUUCAGUGUAAAAACAGUUCAUGGUGCCUACUUUGGAUAUUCAUAUCAUACAAUUGGCUAGAUAGAAAUUGAAGACAAAUGACUUGUUUUGAAGCUGGAGUGUCCCUCUACAUAUUGAAGUGGAAGAGAGCUCGAUAGGAAGUUCAGAAGACCAUUUUUUAACCUCAUCAAAAGGCUAUGCCAAAACUGGGAAACUGCCUGGAAAUGGCUAAGUCUGGAAACAUGUUUGUGAAGCCUAUUUUGGAGCUCAAUUCGAGAAGCAUGAAUGCGAGUCGAGGAGCCUCUACCACGUUAAAUUAGGUAUGUUUUUAUACAAAUUCAAGGCAUUCGAUGAAAGAUUGGAUAUCUGUAAGGCUUUAAACGGAAGGGUCGAUGUUGCUACGAAGGUUGUUUUUCUGGCAGACUUCAAGCACAAGCAAGCUGCCAGAAAAACAGCCUUCGUAGCAACUUCGAGCCUUUUGUUUGAAGCCUUAAAGAUAUUCAAUCUUUCAUCCAAUGCCUUGCCUUAGUAUAAUAAAAUACAUAAUUUAAC